GCGCGGGGCAGCUAUUGCCGCUACCUACCUACCUACCUACUCACCUAACCUAUAGGGCGUCUUUGGCGCGGCACGGACCGCGAUUAGAUUAGACUAACGCGGGGCAGGUUGAGCCAUUCCUCCCCUCCCCCUCCUCCUUGUAUUUAACGCCACCAGCCAACCCUUUCUACGCUACAACAACCAUCUUGUAGCUAGAUUCCACCAACCUCCCUUACUUGUAUCCGCGUCCUCAUCUGUAUCUGCACCUCCCUUAACAACAAAGCCUCUUAAAAACAUUCACGCACUCUUGGUCAUCUCCUAUCCUAAAUCAAUCUCCGCCACAAAUUACCAUGGCGUCCGAGAAGAUCACCGCAAAGGAUAUGAUGGCUGUUGCCAAGCUUUAGGAAUGCUUUGAGAUGAAGCCAAUUGUCGACUGGGACAAGCUUGCUGCCCGAGCUGGCUUCGAAGACGGCGCCACCGCCAAAGCCCACUACGAACCACUUCUCAAUCGCGACAAUCCCAGCGAUGCGCCUAGAAAGCAACAGACCCUACGCAACAUUAAACCCAAGACUCUGGAGACUGAAGACGGGAAUAAGCGGUACGCCCGCAAAAGCUUCGUGUCCCGCGACCCAUACGACCUGGAGGAUGGGGAGGUUUAAAUGGUCAGCUCAAUAUGGCAGGCUAGGGUAGGGGAAGGGAGACAGAGGCCUCGCACAGAUCUCACACAGAUGCCCAAAAUGGAAAAUGCAUAUUCUACUUGUCGUAUGGCAGAUACACUGUAGUGAUUGCAGACUAUCAUGACUGUCACAGCAUGGAAUCGAUAGAAAACAUACCUCGGAGCUAUAGUCUGUUAGGAGCUUAAACAGCGCGGUCGAUGUAGCUACGGGGGUUCACAGCUCUGAGAUUUGCGACAGUCAACAGGUCUCUAUUGUUUACGAUCAUUUUCCUCUAGAUCUGCCAUCUCUCAUCUCGUUCAGGGUGAGUGAUGUAAUGCUUGCGGCUUCUUUCGCUUCGCUUCG